CAAAUUUAUUUGUGGAACAUCAUAAUAAUCGUCGUCUUCUUCUUCUUCUUCUUCCCCAAUCGAAUUAUCAGUUCCAAACCCUAGACAUCCAGCGAAAACCCCAGAUGGAUCUCCUGAAGCAAGAGCUCCUGAAGAAGCGCCAAAGCCUUGCCGAAGAAACUGGCGGCAGGCGAGUCUUCAAGCGCUCCGAAAUUGAGCAGAAGCGAAUCCAGAAGCUUCGCGAGCAAGAAAAGCGCGAACUAGAGGCCAAAUCGCAGCGCCAUGCUGCCUCAUCCACCAGCAGCGCUGGCGCGGCGACUGCCAAGUCAAAUCCCUCGGCGAUCACCACCACAUCUAAUACGGCGACAUCUUCCUCUGCCACUGCAUCCAAAUCCCUAACCGAUGAGCAAAACAUCGACAACCUGGUUCUCCCGAAGCAAGAAGUUAUACGACGCCUUCGGUUCCUCAAGCAGCCGAUCACUCUCUUCGGUGAAGACGACGAGUCCAGGCUUGAUCGGUUGAAAUACGUACUGAAGACUGGGAUGUUCGAGGUCGAUAGCGACAUGACGGAGGGACAGACCAACGAUUUUCUGCGGGAUAUAGCGGAGCUGAGGAAGCGGCAGAAGACGGGGAUUUUGAGCGAGAGGAAGCGGCAGAAGACGGAUGUUGAUGGUGUGGUGGAGGAUGGUGAUGGAGGUGGUGGUGAGGAGGAGCUGAGCGCCGAUGGUGGCUCCAGUGGGGUCGAUGCCGAUAAGGAUUUGAAGCGAAUGAAGGCGAAUUUUGACGAGCUGUGCGACGAGGAUAAGAUUCUGGUGUUUUUCAAGAGGCUUUUGAAUGAGUGGAACCAAGAGUUGGAUGAGAUGCCGGAGGCUGAGAAGCGUACAGCUAAAGGAAAAUCCAUGGUCGCCACCUUCAAGCAGUGUGCGCGGUACUUGAAUCCGCUCUUCAAGUUCUGUAGGAAGAAGAUUCUUCCAGAUGAUAUUCGUCAAGCAUUGAUGGUGGUUGUUGAAUGCUGCUUGAAGCGAGACUACCUAGCAGCAAUGGACCAGUAUAUUAAGAUGGCUAUUGGAAAUGCACCUUGGCCUAUUGGUGUUACUAUGGUUGGUAUUCAUGAACGUUCAGCUCGUGAGAAGAUCUACACCAACAGCGUUGCCCACAUUAUGAAUGAUGAGACAACUCGAAAAUACUUACAGUCAGUCAAGAGAUUGAUGACCUUUUGCCAAAGACGCUACCCAACAUUGCCAUCUAAAGCAGUGGAAUUCAACAGCUUGGCGAACGGCAGUGACUUACAAUCUCUGCUAGCAGAAGAAAGGAUUUUUGGAGGUGAUCAAGCCUCAGAGGAAAGACUUAGGAUAUUGCCCGCUCCAGAAUAGAGCUAGGCUUGUAUAAGAUCAUCUGUUCGUCAGAUAGUAUCAUUGUUUGUUGAACAUUCACAAUGUUUGUCAAAUUCUCAAGGUUUGGCUCAAGACGUUAUAUACUUGAUCUCCUGUGUAACUUCACAAAAUAGAAUGCUUAACCCUUAUGUGGAAAAUGAAUGAAGCUUUCUUGUUCUAUACAA